UUCAUAAUAUCAACCUGUUGUCUGUCUGUGUACAUGAAGUAAAAAUGGCAGAAGCCAGUAUUUCAGUGUUUCAGGAUCAGUUCAGCUGUUCAAUCUGUCUGGAUCUACUGAAGGAUCCAGUGACUAUUAACUGUGGACACAGUUUUUGUAUGAGCUGUAUUACAGACUGCUGGAAUCAGGAGGAUCAGAAGAGAGUUUAUAGCUGCCCUCAGUGCAGACAGACCUUCACUCCAAGACCUGCUUUAGGAAAGAAUGUGAUUCUUGCUGAGAUGGUGGAGAAACUGAAGAAAACAAAACUUCACACUGAUGGAGCUGCUCCCAGUUAUGCUGGACCUGAAGAUGUGGAGUGUGACGUCUGUACUGGGAGAAAACACAAAGCUGUCAAGUCAUGUCUGGUGUGUCUGAACUCUUACUGUCAAACUCACUUUGAGCGACAUGAAGAACUUCAAUCAGGAAAGAGACACAAAGUAACUGAAGCCACUGGAAGACUUCAGGAGAUGAUCUGCUCUCAACAUGACAGAUUGCUCGAGAUUUUCUGUCGUACUGACCAGACAUGUAUUUGUUAUCUGUGUACGAUGGAUGAGCAUAAAAAUCACGACACUGUAUCAGCUGCAGCAGAGAGAACAGAGAAACAGAAACUAUUGGAGGACAAUCAGAGAAAACACCAGCAGAGAAUCGAGGAGAAAGAGAAGGAGCUUCAGGAUCUCAGAGAGGCUGUGAAGACACACAAGCGCUCUGCACAGACAGCAGUGGAGGACACUGAGAGGAUCUUUACUGAACUGAUUCGCUCCGUUGAGAGAAGACGCUCUGAGGUGAUAAAGCUGAUCAGAGAUCAGGAAAAGACUGCAGUGAGUCAAGCUGAAGGACUCUUGAAGGAACUGGAGCAGGAGAUUGAAGAUCUGAGGAGGAGAAAUGAUGAGAUGGAGCAGCUUUCACACACAGAACAUCACAUCAGUUUCCUUCAGAGUUUUCAGUCUCUCUCUGCAUCAUCUGGAUCUAUAGACAACAUCAUUAUCAGUUCUCUCUCUUUUGACGACGUGGGAAAAUCUGUCAUUAAUUGGAAAGAAAGGUCAGAGAAUGUCUGUAAAGAGGAGAUUGGAAAAAUAUCUUGGAAAGUUUCAUACAUUGAAAUCAUUCCUACCAAUGUACCCACGACUAGGGCAGAGCUCAUACAAUAUUUCCGUCUGUUUUCACUGGAUCUAAACACAGUAAAUGAAAACAUCUGUCUGUCUGAGAGGAACAGAGUGGCUACAUACACUGACACAAAGCAACAGUAUCCUGAUCAUCCAGAGAGAUUUGAUUUUUGGACCCAGGUGUUGUGUAGAGAGAGUGUGUGUGGAUGUUGUUACUGGGAGGUCGAGUGGAGUGGAGAUGAUGGUGUGAGCAUAUCAGUAUCAUAUAAGAGUUUAAACAGGAAAGGAAAAAAAUAUGACUCUGCAUUUAGACUCAAUGAUCAGACCUGGUGUUUGGAGUGCUCUCCCUCCUCUUACUCAUUCUGGCACUACGGUGUAAAGACAGAUGUCACCGUACCAUUCAGCUCAUCUAGAAUAGGAGUGUAUGUGGAUCACAGUGCAGGAAUUCUGUCCUUCUACAGCGUCUCUGACACAAUGAUCCUCAUCCACAGAGUCCACACCACAUUCACUCAACCUCUAUAUCCUGGGUUUGUGUUACGUAGGGGCUCAACAAUGAAACUGUCUAAACUGUGAUUAACAGUAUAGAAUAUACACAUUAUAUGCCACAGAAAUUGCUAAAUAAUAAUAGCGACUACCAUCCCUAACAUCAAGGCCGGACUUACCAUUGGGCUUGACUUGGCUCCAGUCUGGGGGCCCCCGCCCUUCAGGGGGACGCCUGCUCUCCUUCAUUUGAUUCGUUUAGUUAUAUGCCAUUCAUUUUAUUUUUUAUCUAAACUUUGUUCAAUUGGUCUAGAACGAUUCAAUAGCACUCAGCAAGCAAUUUUGCAUCUAAAAGACGUCUAAUAGACAUCUAAACAUAGCCCUCACUUCUUGACUGAAACAGCUCUAAAUAUGGGCUAUCAGUGAAAGUCUAAUAGACGUCUAACCAUAGAGCAAGAAUAGACUAGUCGUCAAUUAGACGGCUAUUAAACGACUACAUGUAUACGUCUAAUAGACGGUGAAUAUGUGUCUAGGCUAAAACUAGGCAAAAUGUGGGCUGUCAGUGAAAAUCUAAUAGACGUCUAUCCAUAGCCCAAGUAUAGACCAGUCAUCAAAGUUUUUAUUAUGUAGAAGAGAAAUUUCACAAGUCAGACAAAUUAAUCAAUUAUAAAAGAGUAAUAAAGAAAAUACAAUGCAGAAAAUUACAAAACAAAGCAUUUAUAAAUACAACUUAAAAUGCAAUAAAUAAUAUAAAAAUAAAUUUAAGAAGUUGUUUAAAAUAUUUUUUCAUUUGUUUUCUGUUAAGGUUUUCAUAUUUUCUAGGUAUUUAUUUUUUGGGUUUACUUUUAUUCCCCCCCUGCUCUCCCUGGUGCUUGGUUGAAAUGCUCUCUAAUUGUAUUUAAAAGCAGCUUUAAAAAUGUAUUAAUUUUAAGAUGAAGCAUGGUUGCAUCACACAAUGUUUUUUAAGGAUAUGGCCUUUAAGGAUAUUUACCUAGAUGAAAAACCUAAAUAUACCUUAUUUUUGUUAACAUUUUGUAUACUGAUAUAUGUAUUGUUACACACACACACAGAAACCUCUUAUGACUACUGCAGUCUUCUCAAAUGCCUCCUUCUGAAGUGGACCACCCCCCUUCAUAUUAAAUUUGGACAUAAGGGAAUUCAUUAAAACCCUGAAAAAGUUUUUAAAAAAAGUGGUUAACAAAAUUAUGAACGAAGACAUUUUACACAUUCAUUCAUUUUUAUUUUUUUCUCUUCAUUGGGACCACAUGAAAAAAUAAGUAUGCAGAACUAGGCUUUACCUAUCCAGCAUCCUUCUUCCACUGUCCUUGAGGUUUCUUCCUCCUAUUUUGCACUGCGUUGACACCUGAACAACAUAUAACAAGUUAUUUUUUUUUAUUCAAAUUUAAUCUUUUUUUACUUUUCUAUUAAUCUACCAGCAGUUCAAGGAUAAAGUGGAGAGUCUGUAAUGCCACAGUCCCGAAUAAGGAAAAUCAAAUAUUUUAUCAAAAAAACAUUGGAAAUGUGUCUUGCUUUUCUGAAAAAUGUAUGAACAAUGUAGUAAGCAAACAGAUGUAUCACAUACAAUGUUUUUGAAAAACAUGAUUCUCCUGAUAAUUCUCCUGAUUUCUUAUGCAAAACUACAACCAUUUCUUUAACUGAGCUUAACAUGCAUAUCAUGUCUAUACUAACCUUGAGAAUAUCUGUAGCUUGGAGUCUUGGGAGUGCAAUGUGGCUGGCACAGAGACCUGCCGGCUAUAAUGGCAAAUUAAAAUAUUACUGGUUUGCUAUAACCAUUACCUGGGGUUGAGGUGUGAGUUGGAAACUCGAAAAAAACGACUCCUUUUUAUCUGCUGUGUCCCUGUUAAAGGCAUAUUUGUAUUUGAAAUACAUAAAUGAUAUUAAAAUGAGGACGCAUGUUGCAUUCACCUAAAAAAAAUGAAUUUCAUCUUUGUUUAUAAAUUAGUUUCAAUUUCAUUUUUUGCAAGGAGAAUGCAACACGCCUACGGGUCUAAGCUAUUUGAGGAGAAAUAAGAAUAAAAGCAUGUCUUACUUU